AACCAGAGAUCAAUCAAAAUGUAUCUUCAGAUGACAAGGAAAUGUCUAUUCCUGUAGUCACACAAUGUUCGUUACAAAAUCCCUCGAAAAUACUCCUAUCUACCGCAAUAAUACACGUAGAAGAUUCAAGGGGCAAGGCUCAUGCCUGCCGAGCAUUAUUAGAUAGCGGCUCGCAGCUAAAUUUUGUAACUGAGGAUUUCGCCAAAAGUACAAUUGACGAUCUUAACAAGGCCAUCUCCAAAUUUUGGCAAGUAGAAGACAAUUAUCGUCAUAACACAAAUGUCUUUUCACCUGAGGAGCUCGCUUGUGAGACACUUUUUCAGGAAAGCACUCUGCGAAAUGAUGAGGGUAGGUUCAUCGUCAAACUUCCCAUCAGAAAUGAUAUAAUCUCGCAAGUAGGCGAAUCCAGAGAAAUUGCAGAACGUAGAUUUUUCGCAUUGGAAAGACGAUUAUCGAAACAACCUGAUAUUUAUGAGGAGUAUCGUAGAUUUAUGCGUGAAUAUCAGGACCUUAAUCACAUGAAUCCGAUUGAAGUAACAGCAGAGCAUGAUAACAAUAUUCAAUAUUAUUUGCCUCAUCACGCAGUUCUGAACAAUACAAGCACCACAACCAAGCCGCGUGUUGUCUUUGACGCCUCGUGCAAAUCUAAGUCGGGAAAGUCAUUAAAUGACGCUUUGCUUGUUGGUCCUACCAUCCAACAGGAUUUAUUCUCAAUCUUAUCUCGUUUUCGUACAUUUCGCUUUGCAAUGACAGCCGACAUUGCAAAGAUGUAUAGACAAGUUCUUGUUGAUCCAUCUCAGCGAUGCCUUCAACGUAUUUUUUGGCGUGAUACUCCACAGCAUAAGUUGAAAACGUUCGAACUCGCCACUAUAACAUAUGGCACAGCUUCAGCAUCAUUCUUAGCUAUACACUGUUUACAAGAACUCGCACAAGAGGGUUCGACUUUAUUUCCAAUAGGAUCAAAAAUCAUUUUGAGAGAUUUUUAUGUUGAUGAUAUGCUCACUGGUGCUUCCACUCUAAAUGAGGCUUUACAUAUCAAGGAGCAAACAAUGGCCUUACUUCAAAAAGGUGGCUUCAAAUUAAGAAAGUGGUUCUCGAAUAAUUCUCUACUGCAAGACGAGUGUCUUGCAAUUGACAAGGAAAUUGAUGCGGGAAAUGAAUGUGAUAAAACUCGUGCCUUAGGAGUGUUUUGGAAUUGCAAACGAGACACUUUCAACUUUGUAAAUUCUAAUAAUUAUCAAUCAUCAAUAAAGCCAACCAAACGAAACAUUUUAGCGAGAAUUGCAUCAAUCUUUGAUCCCUUGGGAUUUUUAGGCCCUGUAAUAGUAGUUGGAAAGCUUAUCAUGCAGGAAUUAUGGUUGCUAAAAAUCGAUUGGGAUGAAUCAAUUCCCAUGGAUCUUAUCACGAAAUGGCAAGAUUAUGAGCAGCAAUUAAAAUGCUUAAGCAAUAUUGAAAUACCCGCAAGAUAA